AUGCAGUUGACCCUGGUCGUGACAUUGUGGCGGCUGUCACGUCGGACGACGUUGAGCCGGGAUAAGCUGUUCUGGGGGUUGUCGGAGUCCAAGGUCUGCGAGGUCUUCAACCUCACAAAGGAGGCUAUUCACGAGCGGCGGGGGUACCUGGCCAUUUGGGAUCGCGGUGCUGCUCUUGACCGGUGCUGGGGCUUUGUCGACGGUACAACACGCGCCAUCGCUCGUCCGUGGUGCAUGCAAAGACUGUGGCGAAACGGUUGGAAGUGGAAGCACGCCUUAAAAUACCAGGCUGUAGACACACCGGACGGUAUCAUUCGACGGUUGUGGGGUCCCAUGCUUGAGCACACUUACUUGUGUUCCCGUGGCGUGUUGACGGAAGCUCACGAAAUGUUCAACACUUCAAUGAGCUCGUUCGUGCCGCGUGACCGUAGAGUGGGGGUCGGGAAGAUCGUCACCUUGUGGCCCUACGUAGACUACGCAAAGAAGCAGCAGGUUGGUCUCAGUGCAUGCGGCCUUGGCAAGCAAUACGCACUUUUAGGAUUUCUGACCAACUGGCACUCGUGCUUCUGCGGCAAUUCGACGUCAAAGUACUUCGGCGCUCCCACCCCAAGGCUGCAAAGCUACCUUCAGGGUCAGGGGUAA